AUGGAAGUGGAAAAUGAAGUUGACGUUACAGACUCGACUCUGGUGGACAUGGGCAGCAAAGGAAGUGUUGUGACUCCUGUCGAAACUCUGCUAAAGGAAAGUGGAACUAAAGAGAAACUAAGUAGGAAAAAAGAGGCUGAAAAUCUAAAGAAAGUCAAGCAGCAAGGAAAAAGCUUGGGCAUUCCAAGUCAUAUAAAAAAGGAUAACCAGAAAAGUUCUCCGGAUAGCCAGCAAGGGAAAAGAAAAGAAGCUACCCUCCACAAGAUGUCGGAGCAACGGGGAAUCAAAACUCCAACCGGAGAAAAAGACAAGGGUAGAGACACUAAAGUUGUGCCACCUAGCUCUAGCAAUGUGAAGAAUAAUGGAACAGCCUCCCCUAUGGUCAUCAAGCCAGGUCUUUGCUCCAACCUGAGAAGUGAAGGCACUGGUUUAAAUGAUUUCACAGGGAACCAACCCAAGAUGAGACUCCUCACUCAUGUUAUUCAAGGGAAAUAUUUUCACUACAAGGAUGGACGAAUUGAUGCCAUGAAGACCAGCAAUCAUUCUAGUCUGUGGAAGGCUAUUUUGAAAGCAAUGCCCUAUAUGAGGAAGGGACUUGUCUGGAGUGUUCGUGAUGGAGAGACAACGGGUUUUUGGACCCAUCCUUGGCUCGAUAAGGACAAUGUGUUGGAGGAUUUUGCUACUGUUGAUCUGUCCAUGGAGGAGAAACAUUCCAGCAUUGCAGAAUGGACCAAUGGGGAUGGUGAGUGGAAUUGGGAGAAACUUAAUGCUUUCCUUCCUAAUGAGAUUCUUGUGCGGAUUGCAGGGAUGGAAGCACCAAGUCCAGGGCUUGGUGAGGACAAGACUUUGUGGGGAAUGGAGAAAGAUGGGAGAUUCAAAAUCAACUCUGCCUACCGUCUUGUGGAGGGAGAGCUGGAGCAGGAACCAAUUCAAAUCUGGGAUGACUUGUGGAAAUGGAGUGGUCCAAGCAGAGUUAAACUUUUCCUUUGGCUUGUCACACACAAUAAGCUCCUCACUAAUGCGGAAAGGAAAAAGCGCCAACUUACUGCUAAUGACUCGUGCAACAAUUGUAAAGAUGAAGAAGAAACUCUCGAGCAUAUCCUUAGAAGAUGCAAGAAGACUGCAGGAAUCUGGAAAGUGUUCAGUGGAAAGGUGAAAGAGAAAAGAAACAACAUCAAUUUUGUGACAUGGAUCAACAGUAACAUUAAAGCUGAAAACACAGGAGUUGACUUCGGCCUUAUUUGCUGGCUGAUUUGGAAACAAAGAAAUGAGGAGGUUAUGGAUGGUAAGAGCUACUCGGAGGACGGUUUGAUUUGCAGGAUCAAGGCGUGGUUCAAAAUUGCUGAACAAGCUAAGCAGAAUUCUGAUUUGUGCUCUCCCCCAUCGAACACUCAUCGGAUGGAUCUUCAAGUCGGCUGGAAACCACCAAGAGAAGGUUGGGUUCAAGUUCAGACUGAUGGCUCGGUUUUGGGGGAUUCUCUUGCUGCUGCAGCAGGUGGUCUUAUAAGAGACAGAUUUGGUAAAUGCUUAGAUGCCUUCUCUUGCAACCUUGGUGUCUGCUCUAUCACAAGUGCAGAGCUCAAGGGCGCGACUGUUGGGCUCGAAAGAGCUUGGCAGCUCGGAUUCAGAGCUGUAGAGUUAAAUCUUGACUCUCAAACAGCCAUUAAUAUCAUCAAGAAUUGGCAGGAUGAUGAUCAUCAGCACGGUUUGUUUGCCAGCAAGAUUGGGCAGCUACUCACUCGUGACUGGCAGGUGGAAGUGAAGCAUGUCUUUAGAGAGUGUAACUACUCUGUUGAUUUUUUGGCUUCUAAGGGUCACUGUCUUCCUUUUGGCACCCAUUAUUUCGAUGUGUGCGACCCUCACCUGUACCACUGGUUAUUGUAUGACGUUAUGGGUAAUACCAUGACCCGUUCUAUUAAUAUGAUGAUCUAG